AUGGAAGAGACAAAUCAGACACUGGUAAAGGAAUUCAUUCUUUUAUCAAUAACCUAUAUUCCAUAUUUCCAGACUGUACUUUUUCUAGUUUUUCUCGUUCUAUACAUGUUUACUUUACUGGGAAACAUCUGUAUCAUGGCAGCGGUUAUAAUCGACAGACAUCUACACACUCCAAUGUAUUUUUUUCUUAGUAACCUCUCUUUUUUUGACAUUGUCUACUCAUCCACCACUGUUCCUAAAAUGAUGAGUGCUUUGGUAUUAGAAGAAUCAAAGAUAUCUGUCCAGAACUGCAUAGUACAAAUCUAUUUUUUCCACUUCUUUGGGUGUACAGAAGCCAUGUUACUUACUGCCAUGGCUUAUGAUAGAUAUGUGGCAAUAUGUAUCCCCCUGAGAUAUAAUAUCAUUAUGGCAAAGAGUGCAUGUUUCCGGCUUAUCUCCGGCUGUUGGGUUCUGAGUUUAUUCUAUUCAUUGACGCACACAAUUCUAACCUCCAGGUUGACUUUUUGUAAUAUAGACAGAAUUAGUCACUUCUUCUGUGAUAUAAAACCGCUGCUGAAGCUAGCUUGUGCAGAUACAAGUCUCAAUGAGAACUUAGUUACAAUAAUAACUGGGUUUUUAGCAGUCAGCACAUCAAGCCUUAUUUCUCUGUCCUACAUCUUCAUUGGCAUCCAUCUAGUCAAAGUCUGUUCUUCUCCUGAAAGACACAAAGCCCUUUCCACCUGCACAUCACAUCUGACUGUUGUGUUUCUAUUCUAUGGGCCUCUCAUUGCCAGGUUCCUAAGACCUGCCACCAAUGAUAGUCUGGAGCAAGACAGACAAUCAGCUUUGCUAUACACAACUAUUACACCUGUCCUCAACCCAAUUAUUUAUGCUUUAAGGAACCAAGAAGUCAAAAUAUCUCUUAAAGCAAUCUUGCAUGGGAAAAAAGCUAUUAGAAACCAACUUUAG